AUGCAGCGCUGCUGCAGCUUUUUGCUUUUGCUGCUGCUCGUGGGAGGCCUUUCGUGCUGCACAUUUGCUGCUGCAGUGACUCACUACAAAGUUACUGAGGACGGCACGGUGGCGGUGGCGGUGGAGCAGCGCGCUGCUGCUGCCGGCAGCAGCAGCAGCAGCGACGCAGCACUCGUCGGGCAACACUUAACUGUUGAAAUCCCCGGAAACAGGGGCUUGCUGCGGCUGCUGCUGGGCCUCACUUUGCUGCUGGGGGUCUACGCAUAUGCAGCAGCAAAUGUCUACCCCAGGCUCGACUCCACGUACCAAAGACUUGUCAUGAAAGCUGAAGACUUCGGCGACUCUGUCUUCGGCGUCGAGCCCAAGAGCAAGCUGCAGCACAUGCUCGAGCGGUGA